AUGCAGGAGGAGGAGUCACCUUGUCGGCCCGAAAGGGCGCAUGCCCGGAAGGCACGUUAUAAGGAAGUCUUCAGUGCCGUAAAGGGAGUAAGCAGACCACAACGACGUACUGAAAGUGUCGCGAUAACCUUCGACGAAAGAGAUGUAGAAGUAAUUCUCCACCCGCACGAUGAUGCAUUGGUGGUGACGAUGCAGAUUGCGAACUUUCGGACUCAAAAAAUCCUGAUAGACAACGGCAGUUCGGCCAACAUCCUAUUUUGGGACGCUUUCAUCAAGAUGAGCAUCGAUCCAGAUCGGUUGCACCCGGCCCUGAUGCCGCUCAAGGGUUUCACGGGAGAUGUCGUUCAUCCAGCAAGUGUCAUUACCCUCUCAAUCCUGGUAGGAAUGGCACCCAAGACCGCCACCACCAUGAUCGACUUCCUGGUUGUGAAGGCCCCGUCCUCAUACAAUGCCAUACUGGGGCAUUUGACCCUGAACAGUUUGAAGGCGUUGACGUCAACCUUUCACCCAAAGGUGAAGUUCCCCACCGACUCGGGGGUCGGCGAAAUCCGCGGUGAACAGGUCCUAGCCCAGGAAUGCUACGACAGGGGGAUGAGACAUGAGCCACGAGUCGUAGCGGCCAUAGAAGCCCCAAAAGAGGCCCCCAUGCUCGGGUUACCCCUGUCCUGA